AUGGUUAUUUCAAUGGAUAAAUGGGUGGGCAAGAUCGCAUUAGUAACGGGCGCUAGCUCUGGCAUCGGACAGGACGUGGCGCUUGCCUUAGCUAACGCUGGCAUGGUGGUUGUAGGGAUCGGUCGGCGUGCCGAGUUAAUCGCAUUAUUAUCAACCAAAGUAACCGGUACGGGCAAGAUCUUCGCCAAAAAGUGUGACGUCGGAGUCGAAUCUGAGAUACUAGAAACGCUAAGCUGGGUUCGUCGUGAGUUUGGCGGAGUUGAUGUACUAAUAAACAAUGCUGGCAUUUUCCGUCCCAAUCUUAUCACGCAGAGUGAAACAUCAGAUUACAGAGAUACGUUCAACGUAAACGUGCUAGCAACGUGUGUUUUUGUUCGCGAGGUUGUUAAAGACAUGAAGGCCAGAGAAUCCUAUGGUCACAUCGUACUUCUGAACAGCAUUCUCGGUAAGCGAGUUCCGGACGUAACCGUGCCCAUGUUUGGAGUGUAUCCUGCUUCGAAAUACGCCCUAGUUGGCUUGGUAGAAGUGCUACGCCAGGAGUUCAACUUUCUCAAACUACCCAUCAAAUUAACGAGCAUCCAUCCCGGCAUGGUGGAGACAGACAUGAUCAAGGUGUUCGACACGCAUCUAGCGGAACGGUUGCCGAAGCUACAAGUCACGGAUAUUACCGCGAGCAUCAUGCAUUGCCUUGAGACGCCACCAGGAGUUCGUAUUGAUGAAGUAACCGUAACGCCAUCCAUACCAUAAAAAUUACGAUCGACCCGGUGCGUGUGUUGAUCGUUUGAAUCAAGAGCUCAAAUAAACUGGUUGAAAUAAACUCCAUUCGGACAAAGCGAUAAAUGUGAACCCACUGUUUGUAAAUUAAUCCCAACGAGCUUGACCGGGUCAUUUGCUUGUCAUUUGCAGACGGAAGUCAAUUUGCUUUAAUUGAUAGCAAUCAGUUCGUCAAAUGCGUGAGCAACAACACGUUGAUUAAUCCAGUCAUUUGUAAUGCUUAGAGAUUCUUGAUAGAAUGUUAAUCUGCUA